UUCAAAAGCUCCCCACUACAAAAUAGACCUUCUCAGCACACUCACAGCUACUACCAUAGUGUACCAGUACUAACCCCCCCCCCUCCCCCCCUCAACUACCCUACCUUACGGUAGAAGGUCAUUCAAAGAUGUCAACUUGCCUUUCACUGGAAUUAUUCGAUUACUCAACUGCUCGUAUGGACACUUUUCACCUCUCCACCUUACUAGGCUCCAAAUUCAUGGAUGCCUACGUUGGACUCAUAGCGAGUCAGAAGCUUCAGACCGAAUCGUACAUACUAUCGUACUUACUCAAGGAUCGAGUGUACUCUGGUGAUCUUUGGGAGCUAGUCGGGGAGCGCAGUAUAGAGGCUCUGCAGGAAGAAACCUUGCGUAGCCACCAGGGCAUCUGCAAUGCCAAUGGAGAUGGGGGAAGGCAUACGGCUGUAGAGCGAUUUCUUAUGGAAGAGAGGAGGAAUCGAUGUCAGAUAGAGGUGUCUUUGUACUCACAGGCUAUUGGUGUGUUGGAGCAAUUCCGAAUGCCACAUAUCAGAGCUCCAGCCAAGCAUGAGAUCAAGACUCCCUCAGCAACCUUGAGGCACAUGGGCACGCCUUCACAGCACUCACCUUUAUCUUGUGCACCUUUGGCCUGCUCGAUCUUUACGCGAGUGAAACGCGAAACUUGGUUAAUGAGGAAUGACGCAUACAUCAACCCUACGGGAUUUUACCCCCCGUUGGAGAGCUCUCCCCCAUUGGAGAACUCUUCCCCUUUGGAGGCCCCGCCCCCCUCACCCCUCGGUCGGCCCCCAUCUGCGCAGGAAGAACCAGCAUACGGCAUUUUAGAUCGCAUUGGCCCCUCAUUACCCCUGCUGAGCACAUGGAUCACCGCCGACGUCCAAGAAGCCUUUUACGAGGCAUUCCAAACGGAACUGGACAUGCAGUCGGAGCUAAUGGCAAAGUCACCCGGCGCAGCAACGCCAAUCUACGCAAUCAUGGGCUGGAUCUGCUCACCUUGCAGGCCAAGAUGCACCGCGCACGAACUGAGAUGACGCUAUAUACCCUGGCCCUUGAGAACACCCAUGCGUUCGAUUUCU